AUGAAGGCUAAAGAACUAAAGAAUUAUCCAGAUAUAAUGAAAGCUGCUAUGUGUUCCCUCUUAAAUAACACAAGUUUGCUGAACAUUGUUAUAGUUAUUCUCUUUAACAAAACAAAUCUCUUUGAUUCUGAUGCUCUCCUGAAUUGCUUAGAAAUCCUCAAUUCUUGUUUACAAUAUCUCUGCAAUCACAAAUUAUCGAUGCCAACUUCUCUGGAUUAGUAAUUCUUUUUAAAAGGAAUCAGAAUGAUUCUAUUGUAAUGUGAACAUGCUUUCAGCGUUUCAAAAUGUCUUUGGUUGAUAUACAACAACUAUGUCUUGUUUCCAUUGGACAUAAGGAAGGACAUAACAGACUUGCUGUUUGAGAACGUGGCCACCAAGUUUUUUAUGCAUUGGUCAUUCAAUAUAAGGAUGAUUUUCCAUCAUAUUCUCCUUUACAGAAUACAGCAUCUUCAUAAAUCUAAUAAGAAUUUGAAUGAGGAGUAUAACUUUAUAACUUUAUCAUAUAGGGAUUUAAUACAAAAAUAUUAACAAUUAAGUGAAACCAAAAAAGCAACAUAGUUUUUUCGAUUAAAAGAAUUCAUCUAAAGCCAUCAUUGUAAUUGUUUAUCUGAUGUCAUUUACAUGAAGUUCUUUCGAUUUAUACAAUAAAUAGAAGAGGGUAAACAACUAUCUACGAGUCAGUAAUUAAAUUAAAUGAUCGAGGAAACUCAUUUUCAUAAAUAAAUGAAAACGAAAUUGAUAAAGAAGAGGAUUUCAGAUAGAAAAAAAGGUUCGUCUGACUAAAAUAGUAGCAGCGAUGCUCAAUCAUAUAGAAUUAUUGAUGAGGAUGAGUAAGAUGUUGCUAUCCCAUUAUUUACUGGGACUAGUAAUGAACUGAAACCUCAAGUAAAAUUACCGGAGAAGAGAGUGGCAGUGACACAAAAUUAAUUAAAAUAUUUAAUUAAAGCAUGUGCAGAAUUUGAGGAGUUAAAAUUUAAAUAUUAAAAGUGGAAACAAUCAGUCAUCCCUGUUAAUUUUAAUUCAUUGUCAGAGGAUGAGAAAAUCAAUUUGAAUGAGACUUUUAAAGUCCCAGAAGUUAAAUUAGCUGUUCCAUUAGAUGAAAAAGAAGGAAACAUCAAAAAUACUGAUGAGUGGUGAAAUUUGAUUUUUCCUUUAAAUUUAUAGAGAACUA